AUGGAAACUGAAAUUCCACUCCCAUUCAGCGAUUUCCCGGAGGACGUGCAGCUUUGCGUGCUGUCCUUCCUCCGCCCCUCCGACCUGGUGAAGUUCGCCAUCACCUCCAAGCGUUUCGUCCCCUUCUGGCACGACCGGCGCCUCUGGUACACCAUGUGCCACCGCCGCUGGGGCUCCCAAACCCUAAUCAACAAGUGGGGCGGCGGAGACAUCUCCUACAAGCGCCUCUACCGCAUUCUUGACGAGUACGAGAACCUCAUCGGGUUCUGGCGCAGGUACGGCGAGUCCGCGGCCUUCCCCGCCGCGUCUCCGCCUCCGACGCCGCCUCUGGUGUUCUUCGAGUGGGGCCCGUUUUACAUCACGGGCUCUAGGGUUUCUCCCUCGAAAAAUAGCGGCUACGACGUGAUCAAGAAGCCCUUUCUAUGGAUGAGCGUGGCUCCCAACGGGGACUCCGUGAAUUAUCUCGAUCCAGAUGGGAGUUUUUCGCCGACUCAGGAGGGUAUGAUUGGGGAAUUAGGGUUUGCGGAGAAUGAGCUGAUUCGGGUGAGUGUGAGUUUCAUAGGUGAACGCCAUGUCAUGGUGGAGGAGAAUUUAGGGUUUUCUGGUCUCGGGAGGGUUUCGAAUUCGGGAAAUCUGAGGGACGAGGAAAUUGAGAAUGUAUAUGGCUCGCCGCCGGACAAAUUGAUGUCAGAGAUUUAUCAGUACUUUGCAAACAGGACAAGUCCGUCUGGUAAUGGUGUCUCAAGGACCAGGCGGCAGAGGAGGAGGGAGAAGGAGAAGCAGGGGAGAUUGAGGAAAUGGGAGCCGGAGCAUUUUGUCAAGAUUGUGAAUUGCUCGCCUGAACGUGACCAGCCAUUGCAGGGCCUUUGGAAGGGAAUUUGUGACGACAUGAGCUUGGAUUUCUACCUUGUCUCAUACGACGACCUCAGGGGCGUUGCCUGCCGAAAAGUCGGGGACACUAAUGCCCCGGUUUUUUGGACAUCAAAUUUGACGUACACAGAGCCUCCUUUUUCUCGCACAGAAGAUUAUAUAUACAAUUGCCGUACGCAUCUGAGGCCCCAUUUAGAAAACAAGCCAGAAGAUGAGCAUGAUGAAUCAUCUUCAGAUAAUUUGGAAGUUUCUCGCAUGCUUUGCAUCAACUCGAGCUAUGACUUGGUAAUCCCAGGCCUGGUGGGGUCCGCCGUGAAUUCGCGGCACGCCGAGGGAAGGAUAUGGCAGUAUGAGAACGGGACUUUUGGGUUUGGGUUUUUAGGUGAUAGUUAUAUUAUUGACCUGAGACGUAUUGCUAGGAACGGGCACCUUCUUGAUGCAAUAGAACCUGAUGAGGGUUGA